UCUGUCAAACAAAUAUGAGCCAAAAUUUGUGCAAGUCUAGCCCCCGGAACUCGAGUCAAUCCGGGAGUUUUAAAAAAACUCCAUCGUAUUCGAAGAUUCCGCGAGCAAGUUCGAGAAGUCGAGUAUCCUUAAGCGUAAGCCCGCUUGGGUCUGCGAAAUGUGCGGAAGGCAAACCCGUUACUUUGGGCAUUGACGGGCGUAUUGUGAAACCAGAGGAUCAAGAAAUUACGAGUAACUCAAACAAUGAUACACGGUUAAAACAGUCCGUAGAUGUAUCAAGAAAUAGUCCAGAAACUAGAGCCAGUACUUUGGAUAUUGGUAAUUACGUCGAGAAACCAGUGACACCGGAGGACGAAGAAGUUAGCAGUAAUUCGAACUCAGAAGUUGAAUUGCCUUUUGCACAAAAUAAUACGCGGUAUGAGCAGUACAAAAAUGAACUAAAGAAACAAUUGCUCCAGGAUUUGCUUAAGCAAGAUGAUGAAAUGACUAUAACCACGUUCAAGUUCCCGUUGAAGACUGACCCUAAAACAGUGGAAAGCUCAACCAGGUUCCUCAUAGGGGACAGUAACAUCAACAGGAGAGCUGGUUUCGAGCCAGAUGCCAAAGGGUAUGAGGGUGAUGGACAAGACGUUAAAACUCUGAUUGGAACUGUACCAAAAAGAAAUUGGUGCUUCAUCGUAAGCAGUGUGCUAACUCUGAUAAUGCUUGGAGCCCUUCUGAGUAUUACAGUUCUUAUCAAUUACCGCCAAUUAAUACAACUUUAUCACGGUGAAAUUAUAUUCGAAAAAGCUAGUAGUACUCAGAAGUGGUAUGUUUGGAUAGCAACAAUUUUUAAAAAUUUCAUAAGUUUUCUGUUGACUGAUUUUUGAUAAGUUUUGAUCUGUACUUUUGUAAAAAUUAAAACAGAGGUUCACUUGUAAUAAAUUGUAAUGUUUUGGA